AUGCCCGUGACCGAUGAAAAUCAGACCGUGGUAACACAAUUCAUUUUGGUUGGACUUUCAGAUCAUCCACAAGCUCAGCUCGUUCUCUUCUGGCUGCUUCUGGGCGUCUACUUCCUCACUCUGCUUGGCAACGGUCUUAUGAUCAUGGUCAUUAUUGCUGAUUCCCAUCUCCACACGCCGAUGUAUUUCUUCCUCAGCAACCUCUCCUUGAUAGAUAUUUUCUACACCACUAGCAGCAUACCUCAAAUCCUAGCCAACUCUUUCACUUACAGGGCUUCUAUUCCUGUCCCGAACUGUCUAACUCAGAUGUACAGUGGUCUCUUUUUUGGGAUGACCGAGUGUCUCCUUCUAGCGGUCAUGGCGUAUGACCGAUUCGCUGCCGUGUGCCACCCGCUUCAUUAUACCUUGAUCAUGAGCAAUAGGCUGUGCACCUGCUUGGUGGCCGCGUCUUGGAUUAUUGCUUUUCUGUUGACAGUGAUCCCGAUCUAUUUCAUGCCAGUCAGCUUUUGUGGUCCGAACCUCAUCAAUCAUUUUUCAUGUGAAGCUCAGGCUGUCUAUACCCUGGCCUGUUCCAACGUCCGCAUCAAUGAGAUCUUCACAAUCGCACGAGCAAUUCCCAUUUUAGUGGUUCCCUUCGUCUUCAUCAUGGCGACGUACAUUCGCAUUGGCCUGGCUGUGUUGAGGAUCCGAUCAGCCGAGGCUCAAAGCAAAGCAUUCUCCACUUGUGGCUCUCAUCUGAUUGUGGUCGGCAUAUUCUAUGGCUCAGCCAUGUCUGCGUACCUUCGGCCCCACGGCAAAUCCUCCUCUGAUCAGGACAAGUUGAUUUCUCUGUUGUAUGGGACACUGACUCCAAUGCUCAACCCUAUAAUCUACAGCCUGAGAAACAAGGACGUAAAGGGAGCUAUAUACAGAGUAAUCAAGAAGAAACUGCCAGAAUGA